AAAGAAAAGUAAGAAGAAAUGAGCAGAUAGUUGUAAAAUAAAAAGCAGUGAGUUGUUGAACUGUGCUGAGAGGAAAUGAGAUCCAAAGGUGGUUACCAAGGUAGUGACGACGCGCCGGGCGAGGGGGACGCAAAGGGAGAGUGGAGAGGAAUGACAGAUAGAGACAUCUAGAUAUAAAUAAUAAUAAUAAUAACCAGUAGAAACGAGCUUGGGAGAAAUGACAGAUAUACAUACUGGUGCAGGAGGUUUUUCAGACUGUUGAUGCACUAGACUCGCUGUUGACUGGAUGAAGACGCUUCGAGAUUCUGGACUGGAUGUAACACAGCUGUAAACGGAUGGAGAAAUAUGAAAAACUGGCCAAAAUUGGCGAGGGAUCCUACGGUGUGGUGUUCAAGUGCAGACACAGGGACUCUGGACAGAUAGUCGCCAUCAAGAAGUUUGUGGAAUCUGAAGAUGACCCGGUCAUUAAGAAGAUUGCACUGAGAGAAAUACGUAUGCUGAAGCAGCUGAAACAUGUGAAUCUGGUCAACCUGCUGGAGGUGUUCAGGAGGAAAAGGCGGCUGCACCUGGUGUUUGAGUUCUGUGAGCAGACGGUCCUGAACGAGCUGGACAAACACCCUCGAGGGGUGCCCGAGGCUCAGCUGAAGAGUAUAGUGUGGCAGACUCUGCAGGCUGUCAACUUCUGCCACAAGCACAACUGCAUACACCGCGACGUGAAGCCAGAGAACAUCCUCCUCACGAAAACCGGCAUCAUCAAGCUCUGCGACUUUGGCUUCGCCCGCAUCCUGACGGGGCCAGAGGACGACUACACAGACUACGUCGCCACCCGCUGGUACCGGGCCCCCGAGCUGCUGGUCGGGGACACUCAGUACGGGCCUCCUGUGGACGUGUGGGCUCUGGGCUGCGUCUUCGCCGAGCUGCUCAACGGGAAUCCACUCUGGCCCGGGAAGUCUGACGUCGACCAGCUCUACCUUAUCCGAAAAACUCUUGGUGACCUGAUCCCUCAUCAUCAACAGGUCUUCCGCUCAAAUGUUUUCUUCAGUGGAGUCAGUAUUCCUGAACCUGAUACUACGGAGCCCUUGGAGAAGCGCUUCCAUGGUGUGUCUCCUCAUGCCCUCCAGGUUAUGAAGCAGUCAUGCCUGGUGAUGGACCCCUCUCUCCGCUUGUCCUGCGAGGAGAUCCUGGAGCUGCCGUACUUCCAGGACGAAGGAGGAGCCUCGUGGGGCCGAGAGGGCGAGCGCCCGGGCAGACGACACGACCGAGGCUCUCGACGCAGACAGGCCGGGGCCCAGUACCUGCCUCAGCUACCGAACAGCAACAUCUCCCCAGCACCGGACGUCAAGAAACAAGUGAAGCACAAAUACCACCUGCCCAACAUUUAACAGGGAGGGGAUUUGUGCAAUGGAUUUUAAACCAUUUUUCAAAACGCAUAUAUUCUUGCUGUGUUGAGUGUUAAAAAAAAAACGAAUUUUUGAUUCCGCUUUCAUUUGCACAGACUGAUGCUCACUCGAUAUGUUUGUUUGUGCAUGUGCGGUAGCGGGUAAGGCAACACACGUACUAGAGAAUGAACGUUCAAUACAGUCUUACAUCAAAUGUAAUGGGAACUGCAUUUUUACACCUCCAUAAAAUGAUAUCAAAUAUCAUUCACUAGUGUGCCAUCAUCACUCAGACUACAGCAGUGUAGUUGUCUGGCUCCCACACAUUAGAAUGAAUCUUUUUAAUAGUUUUUAUUUUCAGAUAUGCAGAAUAGAAUUAUAAAACAAAAAAAAAACAUAAAAAAUAUAUGCAUUUAGCCUUAGAUUCUGGAAACGUAUUGUAAAUGUUGUAUUAUAAAUCAAACAAUGCUGAAUAUAUAUAAUAAAGAACAAUAUAUGUGCCGCUGUAUAUUUGAUGUCUGACUUCCUGACGUAUUAAGGUUUAAUAAAAAACCUGCCACGAGAGCCGAUACCCUUCAGUAAUUUGAUGGGUUCUUAACAAAGCGGAUCCACAGUGUCGACAGCGAUCCCCAAAGUCGGACAUGGACUCUGUCGCUCAGAGACAAGACACGCGUCAACUCGCUGACAGUCUGUCACACAGCUUGACUGAUCACCGGACCGC